GAAGCUUCAAAAAAGAUAAUAAUCGAGUUAGUAUUUUUCCCUCAAAGAAAGCUUCCUUCCUCUCUCUCUCAACCCUUGUCUUGUCCACAAAAUCAAAAUUUCCAAAACCCUAUUUGAAAUCAAACUCAAUCCAAUCCUAUGAAAUGUUGUGUCUAAAACCAAACAUAUACGAAUGACGCAAGUUUCAUCAGGAGUUCGAGCUUUCACAUGGUUUUCUCUAAGAAGACACUUAGAAGAUAACAUCAUCGACCUUCACAAAUGCAAAAACCUCAAUUUCAUCAAACAAAUUCAUGCCCAACUCAUCAAAUGUCAUCUUCAUCAAGACCUUUACAUUGCUCCAAAACUCAUAGCUUCUUAUUCACUCACCAAUCACAUGAAUUCUGCUGUUAAUGUCUUUAACCAAGUUCCUGAACCAAAUGUUCAUCUUUAUAAUUAUCUUAUUAGAGCAUAUUCUCUCACAAACAAUGAAUCAAACAGUUACCUUGCAUUUGCCACUUUUUUGAAGAUGCAGAUGGAAGACGUUUUGCCUGAUAAUUUUACUUACCCUUUUCUUCUUAAAGGUUGUAAUGGUCGUUCUUGGUUGAAUUUGGUGAAAAUGGUACAUGCCCAUGUUGAAAAAUUGGGUUUUUAUGGUGAUAUAUUUGUGCCCAAUUCUUUGAUUGAUUGUUACUGUAGGUGUGGGGAUGCUGACAUGGCGAUGAAGUUGUUUUGGGCGAUGGAUGGAAGGGAUGUUGUGAGUUGGAAUACUAUGAUUGGUGGGUUGGUUAAAUGUGGUGAUUUUGAUGGUGCUUUGAAAUUGUUUGAUGAAAUACCUGUGAGAGAUAGGGUUAGUUGGAAUACGAUGUUGGAUGCGUUUGCGAAGGCGGGUGAAAUGGAUAAGGCUUUUGAACUGUUUCAGAGAAUGGGUGAGAGGGAUGUUGUUUCUUGGUCUACUAUGGUUUUUGGUUAUAGUAAAAGUGGUGAUAUGGAUAUGGCGAGGAUAUUGUUUGAUAGGUGUCCUAUGAAGAAUUUGGUGUUGUGGACGACGAUAAUAUCUGGGUAUGCUGAGAAGGGGCAGGUGAAGAAGGCAACAGAGUUGUAUGAUGAAAUGGAGGAGGCUGGUUUGAGGCCUGAUGAUGGGUUUUUGAUAAGUAUUUUGGCUGCGUGUGCCGAGUCUGGAAUGCUUGGCUUGGGCAAGAAAAUUCACGAUUCGGUUCUGAGGCGUAGGUUAAGAUGUAGCACAGAGGUGUUGAAUGCCUUCAUUGGUAUGUAUGUAAAGUGUGGAUGUAUAGAUGCUGCCUUUGAAGUCUUUAACGGAAUGAAGGCAAAUAAAGAUUUGGUGUCUUGGAAUUCCAUGAUACAUGGGUUUGGCAUACACGGACAUGGUGAGAAAGCGAUCGAGCUUUUCACUAGGAUGUUACGUGAAGGUUUUGAGCCUGAUAGAUACACGUUUAUUGGCCUUUUAGGUGCUUGCACACAUGCAGGCCUUGUUAACGAAGGUCGCAAUUACUUUUAUUCCAUGGAGAGAGUAUACGGGAUUGUUCCUCAAAUCUCACAUUACGGUUCCAUGAUUGACCUUCUCAGCCGUGGGGGGCAUCUAAAAGAAGCUUUUAGGCUUGUGCGCAGCAUGCCGGUUGAACCAAAUGUCAUUAUAUUCGGCACUCUUUUGGGCGCUUGUCGGAUGCAUAAUGAUCUAGAACUCGCAAGAGCUGUGUGCGAAUACCUGCUUAAAUCGGUGCCGUUAGAUCCUGGGAAUUUCUCGCUUCUGUCAAAUAUUUAUGCUAGAGCUGGUUGUUGGAUUGAUGUUGCUAAUAUGAGGUCGCAGAUGAAGAUUAAAGGAGGUCAAAAGCCUCCUGGGGUUAGUUCCAUAGAGGUAGAAGAAGAAGUACAUGAAUUUACUGCAUAUGAUCAGUCACACCCUAAAUCAGGUGAUAUAUAUAGUAUGAUUGAUAGAUUGGUACUGGACCUAAGGCAAAUUGGAUAUGCUCCUGGGAUAUCUUAGAUGAAUAUGAUUUGAUUGCAUCACUGUUCAUAGCUGAAGUGAUACUUAUAGUUCAAGAAAUGAAUGAAUACCAUAAUUUAGUUAUGUGCAACGCUGGUUUACAAAAUCUAAAGAAAUAGUUGUAUUCAUCACUAUCACUGGUUUGGCAAAACAAAUGUAUCCAGGGACCAUGGUGGAAUACCAGAUCGUAUGCUAAUUGCUAACAGUGCAAGCAUCCUGCAUUCUGCUAAUGCUGGCAGGAGCAAAUUUGUAAAGCCAAAGAAAGGGAAUAUUUUGCAAAGAGAAAAUGCUCAGAGAUACAGAUACUAGAUGUGAAGAUUCAAAUUUCAAACUCAAGAGACGACACUUGCAUCCUUCUCAUGCCUCCCUGAGCUCAGAAACAUCCCUCCACACUCCUAUUUCAAACGGAUAUAAAUGGACUCCUCAAGGGCGGGCUACUUAAUUAAGGCACUUUAGUGCAAGCACACCAACCAGAAAGACCAGAGCUGUUGGAUGUUACUCAGUGUUGUUCAAAAGCUCUGCGUCGAACUUCAGCCCCUUCAAGUUGGCGACGGGGCAACAGCCUCUGACGCCCCACACCAUUGCGGCAGGAGGAGGCUUGCCCAUCAGCCUACUUUGUUUGCUAUAUUAUAGGGUACAAUUAUUCAAUUUUAAAAAUGGUUUUUCUACUUAUGAUUGAGAAUAUAUUUUAUAUACCCUUAACGUGGUCUCUCCAGCUCCACAUGUUGCCGACAUCCCAUUUUGUCAUUCUCAUUUUACACUAUUUUCCUCAAUUUCUAAAUUUCGGAUAAAAAGUGAGUCUUUACAGGUUCCUGAACAAAAAACUAAUUUUGGAUAACUGGAAAUUUGAUUAUCACUACAAAAUUUGAGUUCUUAAAACUCAUUGUGAUUUUCUUCAAUUAUAGCAAACUUAGUUAAAAUAAAUAAAAAAUAAAUGAGUUUAUUUUAAAGUUAGUAAGGUCAACAUAGUAUUUUUGCAAUGUUUAUAAGGUAGAAGACUAAGUGUAACAAAAAAAGUUUAAUUUGUAUACAUUAUAUAAUUUUUUUACAUUAUUAACAAAUUACAGCAAAUCAAUAAAAGUCAAUUUUUUUUAAUAUAAAUUAAAUAUUUUUUUUUGAAGAAAAAUAAAUUAAAUAUACAAAGAACUUUUCAGCAAAAAAAUAGCAAGUGAUAUAGAAUUUGACACUUCAUCUAAAAAGUUC